CAGCAUUUCUUUUUGUUUGUCCGUUCAGCUCAUCUCAAUUUCAUCUGGGUAGCAGGCUUCUUCUAUUUCCUCGACAAUCGCGCCAUACAUUGCAUACAUUAUUGCGCUGCGAGACGGUCACCCUGAGGAGUUUCGCUAUGGGGAUCUUUAAGAAGCGCGAUGCUUCGGCUGUCGAUGAUCAUGCAGUGACUGGUGCGGGUGAAAUCACCCUCAGAGAGUCCAUAUUGCCAGUCAGUUUGGUGACCAUCUUAUUCUUUAUGUGGGGUUUCGCCUACGGACUCCUCGACGUCCUGAACGCACAUUUCCAAACUGCGUUAAAUAUUUCCCAGGGAAUGUCGGGAGGACUACAAGCAGCAUAUUUCGGAGCAUACUUUAUUGGUCCGCUGACCUACUCCGGAUGGAUUGUUCGAAAGUUUGGUUAUAGAUGGGCUUUCAUCGUUGGACUCUGUAUCUAUGGGGUCGGAGCUUUGAUGUUCUGGCCUUCUGGAACAUAUAGAUCGUAAGAUUCAACAAUUCCGCUCAUAUUUGACAAAAAGGCUAACACGCGUAUAGCUUUGGGGGCUUCUGCGGAUCAAUGUUUAUAGUUGGUAGCGGUCUCUCCACUCUGGAAGCAGCAGCCAACCCUUUCAUCGCAACUUGCGGUCCUCCCAAGUACUCGGAAAUUCGAUUAACUCUUGCGCAAGCUUUUCAAGCCGUGGGAACAGUUGUCGCACCAGUUCUCGCAUCACAAGUCAUUUUCAAGAACGUCGAUGACACGUCUCUCGAAUCAGUACAAUGGGUCUAUCUCGGCAUUGCUAUCUUUGUGUUCCUUCUCGCAGUUGUCUUCUUCUUCGCCAACAUUCCUGAAGUUACCGAUGCAGACAUGGCAGAUCAAGCUGCCCAAUCUGGCGCGGAUACAGAAUUCGUGGACAAACCGUUGAGCAAACAGUACACCCUGUUCUUUGGUGUAUUAGCUCAAUUCUGUUACGUUGGUGGUCAAGUCGCUUACGCAGGAUACUUCAUCAACUUUGUCGUAUCAGUCAGACCUGGCACUUCACACGCCACAGGUUCCAACCUUCUCGCUGCAGCACAGGCAUGUUUUGCAGUGGGUCGCUUCGUUGCUAGUGGAAUAAUGAAGUUCACACGCCCUCGCUUUGUACUCUUGGGAUUCUUAUCUGGUGUUGUAAUCUUCGCCGCUAUGGCCAUAGGCGCCAAAGGAGAUGCGGCACUAGCAGCCAUUUUCCUCGUCCUAUUCUUCGAGUCCAGUUGCUUUCCUCUUAUCUUCACUUUGUCGCUCAGAGGUUUAGGUCGCCACAGCAAGCGAGGUGCUUCAUUCAUCGUCGCUGCUGUGUCUGGUGGUGCACUCUUUCCACCUGUUUUGGGAGUCGUCGCCGAUAACUUGGGAGGCAACACUCAACUUGCGUUCUUCAUACCUUUGAUUGGUUUCGUUAUUGCGUGGACGUUCCCACUAUACUUGAAUGUGUUCAAGGCCAAGAGUUUGGAUGCUUGGACUGACAAAGUCGAUGUUGGCAUUAAGCCCGCUGCCAAAGACUUGGAGAGCGCCGAGGAUGACAUGGCGAAGGAAGACGUACAAAGAAUUGAAAAGGUUUGAACAAUAUAAAGUUGGUUCUGGAGUUUGAUCAUUGGGCAGGUUGGAAUUGAAUGUUUGAUACCUUCUACUUUUAUUUGGGGGCUACAUGAAGUUAUGUCUAGGAAAUAUGGCAGAUAUGAAUAAUUAGAAAUGAC